UUGUCGUCAACGUUUGUCGCAGUCGUUAUCGCCGUCGUUGUCAUCAGUGCUGUCGUCGUCGUUGUAGUUGACUUUUCGGUUCGUCAAUAUAAAUCGACGACUCGUUGCAGACGGUGCAUGAAACGUAAAGCACGGAGACGUUGCAUCGUAGUGCUAAAGAAAUAUAUAAAAGUGCUCCUAUAAAUCGCGCGUGCGUAACUCUUGAAAAAUAUUUGUGACCUGUUGUGGCCAAUCCCUGCUUAAUGAUCAGAUUAACUGGCCAAAUAGCAUUCGAUCAUUAGCUCGAAACUAGUUUCCAGUUUCCAUUCGAGUGUCACAGUGGCAGCUGGACUUUACAGCUUAAACAGUUGACCAUUUCAAAAAUAAUUAAAUAAAUAUUUGUGGCACGAGUUUCCAAAUGGAAAACACAAUUGCCACAAUGGCAUACACUGCCACAACACCUGCAGUGGAAAUGUUUAACACUACAAAUAGUACAGUUUCGGUUGAAUCAAAAUUAUAUGAGAAUCCCAGAAGAUUGAUUAGCAGUCUUAUUGUAUUGGGACUCGGAGUGCUGGGCAACUCUUUGGCUCUAAUUAUUUUGGCGCGUAAAAAGCACAACAAAAACAGCAAAUACACGUUCAUGUUGCGCUGCCUGGCCACAAAUGAUUUGGUUGGUUUGUUGGGCAUGUUUACGGCAGCUCUGCUCAAUAGCAUUUUUAAAGUGGAGGAGCAGUCGCAGUCUGUUGUGCAUCUCAACUGUAUUGCCCAUGUGGUAUGGCGUUUCUUUGGCGUCAGCUCCGGCUGUAUUGCCGCCGUAAUGGCCGCCGAACGUUGCAUGGCCCUGGCACGUCCCUUCAUUUAUCACAAGCACAUCACCUACGAGCUGAUCCAGAGGACCAUUCAAUGCAUUCUUGUGGUUGCGCUCAUUGUCACAUUUCUACCAUUUUUUGGCUUUGGCGCCUACAUUGAUAAAUCGAAUCCGGAUAAAUUACAGUGCAUACGAUAUCGAGAUGCGACUGGUAUAAUGAACAACUCCUACUCUAUAUUAUUUAUGGUUUUUGGUUGUUUAUUGGCCGUUGUGAUUGUCGUUUGCAAUUUGUUUGUGGCACGCGUAUUGUGGAUUGUCGGACGCAGUCGGACAACUAAGCGUCAUAUGCAUUACAAUCUGGUCAACAGGGAGCAGAGUGUGCGCAGCAUCGAUCCGGAGACCAGCAGCGGCACAACGCUCUACCAGACCCAGUUCAGUAAUCACAAUGUCCCUCCGCCACGUCAGUUCCAUCACAGCAACAGCGUGACCAUGACGUCACAAACAUCACCCGAUGAGAUUAAGUUUGCCAAGCUAAUGGCAUUCCUGAGCUUAUCCUUUGUCAUUUGCUGGAUGCCACAAAUGAUCGCCAUACCUCUGGCCAUCCGGGAGAAUCGUGUGCCGAAGAAACAUGUAUUCUUUCUGUUUGCCGAUGUUCUGAUGGCAAUACAUUUCACCCUGGAUCCAUACAUUUACGUGCUGUCGCGCACCAAGUGCAUCAAUUGGUCCCUAGUCGGUUGCAUCAAGCGAUGGCGUUGUGGUUGGCGCGGUGGUCGUCUGCAGCGAUCCCAGAGCGAUCAGAGUCGCAUUCGCACCACAACCACGGAGCAGCACACGCUCGACGGUAACUUUAACUGACUGUGGAUCCUCUUCGGUCGUACCUAAUGUACAUAGAUGUAUUAAGAGAGUUGACCCUCAGUUUAUAACGAGUAUCUCAAUGGUGGACACAUUCCUUCAGUCGGAGUUCAAUUGAAGGAGCUGCCUGUCACAUUUAAGCUUAAGCCAUAACCAUAUCAGGACUGCAACAUACUCCAUAUAAAGUGAACAACUCCCCUCUCCACCCAACGUUCACAUAAUCUCAAAAUAUGCACACAAUUCGUACAAUAAUUAUUGAUUAAUGUUAUAAUAGCAUGUACUUACAGUAUACGAAUUAAUAAAUAUUUUAAGUGUAAGCCAAA